UGGAAUGUUUCUGAGAUGGUUGUUCCUCGGAGAGGCAUCUCAGUUCGGAGGCGGCUGCUGCAGCUGGUUCUGCUCCACACAGCCUGGGAAGUGGGAAGCAGCCAGCUCCAUUAUUCAGUGUUGGAGGAAUCCCAGCACGGCACCUUUGUGGGCCGCAUCGCCCAGGAUCUGGGACUGCAGGUGAGCGAGCUGGUGCCUCGGAUGUUCCGGGUAGUUUCCAAAGGCCAUGGAGAUUACUUUGAGGUAAACUUACAGAAUGGGGUCUUGUUUGUGAAUUCACAGAUAGACAGGGAAGAGCUAUGUGCCAAGAGCCCUGUUUGUGCCAUUCACCUGGAGGUGAUUGUGGAUAAACCCUUGAGGGUCUUCCAUGUGGAAGUGGAGAUUGCAGACAUAAAUGACAAUGCUCCAUUUUUCACAGCAAAGGAGGAAAGCCUGUUCAUUCUAGAAUCAAGAACUGUAGGGUCCUUUUUCCCUCUGGAGGGAGCCUUAGAUGCUGAUGUUGGUAUAAAUGCUCAGUUAAAUUAUCAGCUCAGCCCUAAUGAACAUUUCAUGUUAGAUUUCCAAAAGAGUGGAGAUAAUUCUUUAGGUUUUAUAAUAAAAAAGUCUUUGGACAGAGAAGAUAUUCCUGUGCAUCGCUUACUGCUCACAGCCUUUGAUGGUGGUCAGCCAGUGCAAACAGGAACCGUUCAUCUGGUGAUUACAGUCCUUGAUGUGAAUGACAACCCUCCCGUCUUUAGCCAGCCAGUAUACAAGAUCCAGAUGUUAGAAAAUGCCUCCAAUGGAACAUUAGUGGCAAAGAUCAAUGCCACUGAUUUGGAUGAAGGUAUUAAUAAAGAGAUUUCAUAUUCCAUUCGUAGUGUAACUCCACCUAAAUUAAGUACCAUUUUUAAGAUAGAUCCAAGUACUGGGCAGAUCAGGCUGAAUGGAGAAUUAGACUAUGAAGACACUAAUUCAUACGAAAUUCGAGCAGAAGCCACAGAUAAAGGUGGUUACCCCUUGUCUGGACAUUGCAAAGUUUUAAUUGAUAUUCUGGACAUGAAUGAUAAUGUUCCAGAGAUGUUGGUGACUUUUCUUUUGGUGCCGGUGCCAGAGGACUCUUCACUGGGAAUGGAGGUGGCCUUAAUCAGUAUCUCAGACAAGGACUCUGGAGCGAAUGGGCAAGUGAACUGUUCUCUGUGGCCACCCAGGCUCCCUUUCAAGCUGGUAUCUACCUUUAAGAAUUACUUCUCACUGACACUAGUUGAGCCCUUGGAUCGGGAGCAGGUGGCAGAAUACAGGAUGGUAGUGAUGGUUCGAGAUGAAGGGACUCCACCACUUUCAGCCAGCAGCACCCUGGUAGUGCCCAUUGGUGACGUGAAUGACAAUGCACCCAUUUUUGCACAGCCUAUUUACACAGUCUUUGUGAAAGAGAACAACCCUCCUGGUGCUCACAUCUUCACAGUGUCUGCCUCAGACCCAGAUGUGGCCGAAAAUGCCUUGGUCAGUUAUUGGCUGGAUGAGAAGCUCUGGCCCCUGUCGAGCUACAUCUCGGUGCAUUCGGAGAGUGGGAAGCUGUAUGCCCUGCAGCCCUUGGAUUAUGAGGAGCUGAAGCUGCUGGAGUUCCAGGUGAGGGCCAAGGAUGCUGGGCUGCCCUCCUUGUGUGGCAACGUGACCAUCCAAGUCUUUGUCUUGGAUGAGAAUGACAAUGUGCCUGCAGUGUCUGGUCUAGCAGAGGAUACCCCCAUUUUACUAAAGGUCCCAGUGGCAGCUGGGCAUGUAGUGGGCAAGAUCUAUGCUCUGGAUGCCGACUCAGGGUAUAAUGCCUGGCUGCGCUAUGAGUUGCAUGAUGCAUCCAGCGGCUCAUGGAGGGUGGGACUUUACAGUGGUGAGAUCAGUGCCACGCGUGCUCUGGAGGAGGCAGAGGGCAGCAACAUCCAGAGUCUGCUGGUUCUGGUGAAGGAUCAUGGCAAGCCAGUACUGUCAACCACAGCCACCUUCAGCGUGUCUCUGGUGCCCAGUGCCCAGGCUGCCCAGAGUGAUGCCCGCCUCUCUAGAACAGGAGGGAGCAUAAAGCCCCUAGCAGACACUGCCAAUCUCUACCUGAUCAUCGCCAUCUGCUCGGUGUCCAGCUUGUUCCUGCUGGUGAUCCUCGUGUACGUGGCGCUGCGGUGCCAGAGCCAGGCCAAGGAGGCAAUGGUGUAUGGCCCUGGCACAGCCACGCUGGUGUGUGCCAGUGAAGUGGGCAGCUGGUCGUAUUCCAAUCGCCACAGCCACAUCCUGGCAGGGGUGAGUGGGGAAGCUGGUGCCAAAAAUGACCUCAUGGUUUUCAGCCCCAGCAUUCCUGUAUCUGUGGAGAAUGGGAAGCAACAGGAUCUGCUCUGUGUUACGGUUAGUGAUACUGUUUUAAAGCUCCUAUUGUGA